GUUCUAGAAACUGCGCAUCAUGAUGAACAAGGCGACAGUGCUGUCACUUCUUCUACCCGCAGCGGCAUCGUCCAUCUGUCAGCCGUUAGCAAACAACCAGACUCAACCUACCAACCAAACACAACCCUUGGAUCCGAAUACGCCUACGAACGGGACCGGAUCUACCAACAGCACAUUUCCUGAUGAUAAUACUCCAUGGGUUCCGACUUGUAAGCUUCCCAGGCGAGACUUCGCAUGGCAGAGUGUCGGGCAUGGUUUUAUGAGCGACUGCAUCCCCAGCAAGGGUACUAUUCAGGGCUUUAUGAUCUUUGUCGACUUUUCCGACGCAGAGGCCCUCGAAGAAUCUCCACAGGACGCUUACGAUUUCCUGGUUCCCGAUGCAAACAAGUGGUUCCAAGAAAUCAGCUAUCACCAGCUUGGACUGAAUAUCACCGCCGAUACUUCCAAGUUUUAUCGUAUGCCUCAUUCCGCAGAAUCCUACGAUUGGGACUCGGGUUUAAGUAACCAACAGCACUAUGCCUACGUUGAGGAUGCAUUGGAUGCAUAUAUGAACAAUGGCGAAAAUCCACCUCCGGCCGCGACGGAUAUCCUUUAUGUCGUACCUACGCGUAACGCAGCAUGGAUGACUCGCUCUUUGGCCUCGUCCUUCGGUGCAUUUACCCGAGACCAAAAAUUCGUGGCGAAUAGAGCUGUUACCUUUGGAGUUGACCCUUAUAAUAGCUGGGGCUAUAAGGCGCUUAACCACGAGACUGGCCACUCUAUGUGUCUACCCGAUCUAUACCCCCUCGAUCUAAACUUUCCUACCGGCGAAUUUGUCGGUGGCUGGAGUGUCAUGGGUAAUGUUGGAGGAAUUGCUCCCGACUUCUUCGCCUGGGAUAAGUGGAGGCUAGGUUGGAUACUCGAUGAAGAUGUCGAUUGUAUUUUGGAACACGGUACUACCAGACAUACUCUCACACCUGUUGAGACAGAAGGGGGCACCAAGGCUGUGAUUGUCGCAACUAAUAAGACUUCAGCUCUUAUUGCUGAAGCCCGCGUAGCCAAGGGUGCGGAUGAAAAGAUAUGCGCACCUGGUGUUCUCCUCUAUACGGUUGAUACUACUCUCGCUACAGGGCAGGGCCCUAUUCGUGUUCUCGAUGCUACCCCUGGAUCGGACAGUUGCGGUAGUGACGUUAGCGGUUGGGAGCCGUUGAACGAUGCAACCCUGUCCAUGAGUGGUACAAAGUCAUAUGAGGUGUCUGGGUGGGGUAUUAAGGUUACUCUGGUUGACGAAAAGGAUGAUCAGUUCAAGAUUGAAGUAGACUACUCCUAACAAGCCUUGGAGGUCUGGUAGAAUUUAGACUAUGAAAAUAGCAGCUAUUUAUUGCUACCGCCAACACAAGAAUACAAGGGCGCUCUCCCA